CGGUGCUGAGGAGGAAGGGAUGGGUUCGCAGUCGGUGUCAAUCCUGACAUCAGGGAUGUGGGCGUCUCUGACCGGCGGCUGGUUUUUCGACUCAAAACAAAGCCAUUUCUCAAAUGUGUUUCAUCUUUACGUAUGGCUUAUAUUUCUUUGUCUUCCGUUUGUCAUCCAAUUGAUGGCCACCUCUUGGAAGCCAUGGAUCGCCUAUUGUGUGAUAAUAGCCGUCAUAUUCACCACAAUAAAGCUGAUGAACGCAUAUCUUCACCGACUCUUUGAUUUCGGCGAAUGUGUUGUCGAAGAAAAUUCAGAGUUAAGAUUCCGUACAGAAGAGAAGCGUAUAGAAAUCCUUGUUAGUCUACUGCUCUUAAAACACUUCCAAAUGAAAGGCUUUGAAGGAAACGAUAAAUCAGUGAAAAACAGUGAAGCGAUGAAAGAAAAUAUCGAAAUGAUUGUAAUCGCGGACAACACUAAUGGGAACCAAUCGACCACAAGAACUGAAUCCAUUGCUCUCUUUCACAGCAACUUAAGUAAUAGUAAUAUCAACGAUAAUAACAGCAAUGAUUGCAUUGAAAGAAUGGCCGCAAAUAACACGACGUCGAGUGUCAUUGAUCUCGAGGUCGAUGUCCACCACAGAAACAGUUCUGGUUCUUCGAUUGGCAUCUCUUCAGAACCGUCUAAGAGUCACAGCGAGACUAUCAACACAUCGGAGAUCGCGGUCAGCAAUAGUCCCACUUUAAUGACAGCUCCGGCACUACUGUUGGGCCAAAACUGUGAGUUUAUGUCGGAAUUGGCGGUCGAUUUGGAGUCAAACGAAUUUGUGUCUCAUCUGAACGCCGGAAGUGAUAUGAGUAUAACGGAUGACACGGAAAGUUGUGAGAGACUGAAGGGUACGUCACUUGAGUUGGGAUUUAUGGCUCAGGACCCGGCAGUGCUCAGGGCUCAGACCAAUGCAGCCAAUGACCCGCCUUCGAGUCGCAAACGUGUGGACAAUAUUGUCCGCAGAGCUCGCAGUGAAUUGGAAACAACUCAGUGUUCAGCAGACAAACGAAUCUCAUCUCUUCCGCCGUCACAUCCCGUAAGUCUUGAGAUAAUCGGCACAACAAGAGUGGACAGCAGUUUAGUGGACGCGUCCAACGAUGACAAUGAGAAUAUGUUGAGGAGAACGACACCAAAUCUAAACGAAAAUAUAUCUAUGUUUAGCCAACAGAACAAAGACUGCAUCAAAGCCUCAAAUAGUCCUAAACUGAGUUCUACUAAAUACGAGACCAUAAGUAGUUCUCCCGUCCUUUCAGAGCAAACGACCAAAAGUUUGGGUGAAAAAGAAGCGCAUGUAUUGAUUGAAGUGGAGACUCAACCCAAGAAACCCAAAACCAGUGAUUGCGAUGACGGCGACGAAAGUGAUGUCUCUCUUGUCGUUAACUUCUCGGCAAAAGUCAAGAAACGAAAGGUUCAGAAGUCGUCAAAACCGCGGAGAACUUUAAACAGAAGAAAAGUGUCGAAGUCUUGCAGUUCUGGAAAGAUUUCGAUGAAUAAAAAGUGUGAUAAAGUGUUGCAAUUCAUUGAUAAUACCAUUUCGAGUAACGAAUUAAACAAAAAAGCUCUGCAAAUAUGCUUUUCCAGUGAAUCAGAUAUUGAAAGCAGUCAUAACGGAAGCGAUUCCUAUACAUCCAGAAGCAAUAUUGAAAGCAGUCAUAACGGAAGCGAUUCCUAUACAUCCAGAAGCAGUUCUCUUACAUCAAAGCAACGCUUCCAACUCAAUUCCUAUACAUCCAGAAGCAGUUCUCUUACAUCAAGUCAUUCGUCAACCUCUUUGAACGACGAAACCACUCCAUUGACCGCUUCAUUGCCACCAGAAAUGGAUAAUAAGAGCAACGCUUCCAACUCACGCAACAACUCUAUAGCACUCGAGCCUAAAUGUAUUGCCGGUCCUUCAAAGCAGACUUCUUAUGAUAAUAAAAGUGAUUUAAUUAAAAAACUUUCUGAAAUGCCAUUUAAAACCGAAAGCGAAGACUUUGUACAGAACAGUGAACUCAAGGUUUUGAGGAAUGAAUUACAGAGAAAAAGAAAGAGUUCUAAGAGAAUGGAUCCGAACGCCAGCUUUUAUUCGCAACAAAGUAUGGUUCAGUCGGAACCCAAUAAUGAUAUGAUUGCCGGCGCCUCUCAUAUAACUGGUGUGGAAUCGUCUCAAAACAUUAACGCAGACAACGGUCCGCCGCCUUAUAUGUUGGCUCGCAUUCUGUCGGCUCCGGGAACUCAUUUGGCGAAAUCACACGAAGACACUAAUAUCGGUGCCGUUAUGGUGUGGAAUCACAACGGUCCGCCGCCUUAUAUGUUGGCUCGCAUUCUGUCGGCUCCGGGAACUCAUUUGGCGAAAUCACACGAAGACACUAAUAUCGGUGCCGUUCAUGUGUUUCAAGACGAACGCGGAAAUUGGUUGACAUAUACUUUCGAUGAUAACAGCAGUGGUGUCGCCCGCGGACUCAUGAAUAGCGAUAAGGCGUUGCUCGACAUUGAAUUGGCGUUGAGGGCUCAGGCGGCCGAUCACAAGUGGAACUCCUCUUCAGGUUCAUCGUCGGGAUCGACAGUAGUAUUGGACACUCCGGCCAAUGUCUUACACACACCCAAACUGCUCGACACUAGUCUUUUGCGCCAACAGUUUAGCGAUUCGUCUCACGAUUACAGUCGAGUUCUUCAGCCAAACGCGAGCACAUUAUUCGCCGAUUCAUUUCCGAUCACAGCAUUUCCACGAAAUCGCGGCGCAAGACGUUUGGACUUAGCGACGAGUAUUCUCUUCAAUCAGAACUCCGGUACAGGACUUAAUGCGAACAAUAUGUCGGAUAUGUAUCCCUUAAGAUUCGGCGAAUUUGCGUCACCCGUUCCCCAACACAAACCCUCCCAAUACUACAAACUUUGGAUCUUUCCGUUCAAACCAAUCAAAGUCCGAUUCGAUCGCUUGACUCUAUUGGCUCUUCUGGACAGAAGUUUAACUACAUUUGAAUUGAUUACUUCCAUAUUAUUGGCAGUAAUGGUGGCAGUAUUUGGUUCAAUGCUUCUCUACAAGAACUUCUUCCAUGAUUUGUGGCUAAUUGUCUUUUGUUUAGUGAUUGCCAGCUCUCAGUACACACUGUUGAAGAGCGUACAGCCGGACGCGGCGUCGCCGACACACGGCUACAAUCGGGUGACGCUAUACAGUAGACCCGUAUAUUUUUGUAUCGCCAGUUCUAUACUACUUUUAAGUCAAAAUUAUAUGGAAAACACGAACAAAAAUAUAUCAUUCAUUAUAUAUGGCAUCGAUUUAUUCAAUGAUUAUAUUAUAGAAUUCAUUCGGAACUCGAGUUUAAUAUUUUUGUUGAGUUUUCCACUUUUGUUCAGUUUUGGUCUUUUGCCACAAAUAAGCACUUUUCUAAUGUAUUUGUUCGAACAAAUCGAUAUAAACCUAUUGGGCGGCACUGCGGCCACAAUGGGUCUCAUUUCUGCCACUUAUAGUCUUUUAAGAAGUAUUUUUGCCGUUUGUUUGCUCUAUUCGUUUGCAUUGAUCGCAUUGAUGACCAAUAAGGGCACACAAACGGCCACAUUCUCUGUGUUCUGCGGCCUAUUGUUGGCCACUUGUUAUCAUUUGAGCCGAAGUUCUAGCGAUCCAUCCAUUUAUUGGAAUCUAAUUAAAAAAUGUUUUCAAUGCAAGGCAUCUAAACUUAAAAAUUUCAAACUUAACGCCGAAACUCAAAACUUAACUCAAAUGAGAAACGAAGACUUGGAUUCCAGUGACAAACAGGAACAGGACAUCACUGACCCGUUGCCCAUCAAACUUGAAAAUACUGUCGUAAGUGAACUCAUAAUGAGAUUACAAUCGGACUUAAUUAUAUGUGUGUUCAUAACGAUUGUGGUGUUCGCCACUCAUGUCAGCACUAUUUUUACAUUACAGGCGAGUUAUAGAUUUGACAAUAUUUUAUUCCUCUACUUAUUACCAUACGUUGAGGUCUUUCUGGUUGGUUGGGCUAUCGUAUGGGGUUUUAUUCUGCAUUAUAUAUUAAACCAUUUCCGUAAACAACUUCCGUGGCUUUGUUUAGCGCAUCCAGUGUUCAGGUCUAAAGAAUACAAUCACUUUGAAGUGAAAGGACCGGCGAAAGUGAUGUGGUUUGAGAAACUUCACGCCUGGCUUUGGCUCAUUGAGAAGAAUAUUAUAUAUCCCUUAGUCUUUUUAAGUGCCAUCACUAAUGAUAGCCAUGUAUUGCUUACAAAUUACGGUCUAUAUUUAGGGACUUUAAUAGUAGUGGUUUGUGGCUUCAAAUGCCUAAGAAGUGGUUUCAACGACUCGUCUCACAAUCACAUUAUAAUUCUGUUCACUUAUUUAUUCUUUAAUUUCGACCUCAGAAGUUGUUCGGAACCGUUUCUAUUAAAUUAUUUCAUAUUUUCCAUCGUUUAUUAUAAAUUUUAUGAAUUGUUAUUGAAAGUACGAUUUGUGGUGACAUACGUGGCCCCGUGGCAGAUCACAUGGGGCAGUGCCUUUCACGCGUUCGCACAACCAUUCAGUGUCCCGCACUCGGCGAUGCUCUUCGUUCAGGCGCUCAUAUCGUCAAUACUGUCGGCGCCGUUGCAGCCAAUCCUCGGCAGCGCUAUAUUCUUUGCUUCAUAUGUUAGACCAAUUAAAUUCUGGGAAAGGGAUUACAAUACUAAACGAGUGGAUCAUUCAAACACACGAUUGGCGUCACAACUGGAAAGGAGUCAAUUGGGAGCCGACGAUAAUAAUCUGAAUUCAAUAUUUUACGAACAUUUGACGCGUUCUCUACAGCACUCACUCUAUGGGGAUCUGUUGUUGGGUCGAUGGGGUCCGGUAUCACAGGGCGAUUGCUUUGUGUUGGCCAGUGAUAACUUGAACUGUUUGGUCCAUUUGAUCGAAUUGGGCAACGGUUUGGUCACAUUCCAAGUCAGAGGACUCGAGUUUAGGGGCACUUAUUGUCAACAGAGAGAAGUCGAGGCCAUCAGUGAAGGCGUGAGCGAAGACGAGGGCUGUUGUUGUUGCGAACCCGGUCACGUGCCGGGAAUGUUGUCGAUAAACGCGGCGUUCAAUCAGCGGUGGUUGUCGUGGGAAGUGACACAUAUUAAGUACGUUCUGGAGGGCUAUUCAAUUAGUGACAAUUCGGCCCAAACUAUGCUACAGCCCUAUGACCUCAGAAAAGCGCUUAUUAUUUAUUACAUCAAAUCUAUUAUUUAUUAUUGCAUUACAUCUAAAAGUCUUGAAAAAUGGAUUAGUAAUCCGGAGAUUAAAGAAGCGAUUAGUUUAAUGAGAGAUCCAAACGCUGUAGAACUCGAUCCCAUCUUUAACUCUAGUGUAGACGAAGACUACGACACCAGAAGUUCGGGAAUCACUCGAUCGAGUUUUUGCAAUGUUUACGCCGAUUGGAUCGCCUAUUGUUUGAGACAACGGAUUAAAACAUUGAAACCAGACUUCGAAGUGGACGACGAGAAGGAUAACCUACUCGUAUCCCUGUGUCUGAGUCUGAGUCUAUUGGCCAGACGUGCCCUCAGCGCCGCUUCCCAUCACAACUCAUUCACAAGCGUUGAGUUCUUGUUGUUUGGAUUACACGCUCUUUUCAAAGGAGACUUUCGUAUCACUUCACCAAAAGACGAGUGGGUUUUCCAAGACAUGGAUUUGUUGCGCAAAGUGAUCGCACCCGCAGGUAAUCAAUGCACUGAACCGUGUGCUACAUCAGGACCACUUCAUGUCCACCGAAGAAUACGACGACAAUCCCACGNCUUUUCAAAGGAGACUUUCUGGGUUUUCCAAGACAUGGAUUUGUUGCGCAAAGUGAUCGCACCCGCAGGUAAUCAAUGCACUGAACCGUGUGUGCGAAUGGCCCUUAAGCUACAUCAGGACCACUUCAUGUCCACCGAAGAAUACGACGACAAUCCCACGCUUUUCGACGCUAUUAAUAACUACCAGAAAAAUCUGGUCAUUUCACAUGAGGCGGACCCCGUCUGGAGGAAUGCCGUCCUAUCGAAUGUGCCCUCACUGUUGGCCUUAAGGCAUGUGUUCGAUGACGGGACCGAUCAGUACAAGAUUAUUAUGUUGAACAAGAGAUACCUUUCAUUCAGAGUCAUUAAGGUUAACAGAGAGUGUGUGAGAGGGCUGUGGGCCGGACAACAGCAAGAGUUGAUUUAUUUAAGAAAUCGCAAUCCAGAGCGCGGUUCCAUUCAAAACGCCAAACAAGCGCUCAGGUAUCACAUGAUUUGCCCAUUAUUUCUAUACGGAUCUCAAUAUAGAUGUUUUCAUUCCAGAAAUAUUAUUAACUCUUCAUGUGAUCAACCGAUCGGUUAUCCGAUAUAUGUCUCUCCACUGACCACUUCUUUUGCCGAAACUAAUGAGAACUUAAAUCGAGUGAUCGGUUAUCCCAUAACUCUGGGAAUGUUUAAGAGAGCGAUCAUCAGGUGUUGGAAUCGAAUGAGAACCCGUUGUGGCGAAGGCUGUUCUAGUGGUGGCUCAGGUCUUAACCCAGACUUUGGAGAACUCUCGUCGUCGACCACAUCCUGCCGUAGAGUGGAGUCCAUUGCACUCGAAAGAGUCCGCACAUCCAAUUAUAGCGAGUCUUCGAGUGAAUACGAUUCCAGUCGUUCGCGUGAAAUGCUUUACCGCCGGUCGCGAACACAACCGCAUCCCAUGUCUUACCGUCACUACAAGUACUCGGACGGCAAGUCCGGCGCCCGACAGGAGAGUCUUCGAGUGAAUACGAUUCCAGUCGUUCGCGUGAAAUGCUUUACCGCCGGUCGCGAACACAACCGCAUCCCAUGUCUUACCUACUCGGACGGCAAGUCCGGCGCCCGACAGGCCUCUACUCUCGUCAACUUAACCGCAUUGAGAUCUGUCCCGCAAUCCAAUCCAUUAGAUCCAGAAUUUGAGUCCAUUUUAAUGAAUACUAAUAACAAAGUGAUUGUCGAUAAGUCGUCGCCUCUUAACUCGAAGGCAGAACUCGCCUCUACUCUCGUCAACUUAACCGCAUUGAGAUCUGUCCCGCAAUCCAAUCCAUUAGAUCCAGAAUUUGAGUCCAUUUUAAUGAAUACUAAUAACAAAGUGAUUGUCGAUAAGUCGUCGCCUCUUAACUCGAAGGCAGAACUCGUC